AUGAACUGUGCGUACUACCACGGGGCAGCGCACCCGACGCACAAUGUCAACGACAGUUAUGUUCAUUACAACGAGGUUAGUAUCGACCCCGUGUCCGCUGAUGCCAAGGACAUGAAGAUCUUAAUAGCUUCAAAUUCUAGAGUAACAGUAAACAGGAAUCAGCAGUUCGGAGCACAUUGCGGCAACAGCUGCGCCAAUCACAAUGUACUGGGCGUGGCGCUCCCCGACUCGAACCCUGGACGUCCCGCGGCGGGCGGUAGCGGCCGGGAGCUGUCACCGCUCCGCCUAAUUCUUCGGGCGCAAUCCGAAGACUUUUGCAUUAUAAUAAUUAUCAAUUUACAGGAGCAUCCGAACUUGCGCGGCACGCCACUGGCGAUGCUCGCUGCUCAGUGCAGCAAGCUGUCCAGUAAGUCACCACCUCCGCUGGCUGAUGCAGCGGUCGGCAAAGGUUUUCAUCCGUGGAAGAAAAGCCCUGGGACGCAUUCACCACCGGGAGCCGGUGUGGUGCCUCGAUCGCAGGCAUCAGCUUGCACACCGUACGCACGAGCGCCUACCUCAUGUGCCGCAGCACCUUCAUACGGAAACGAGCUCUACUUUCCUUCAUCGGGUGAUCAGUUGCUAGGGAAAAGUGAAUCGAGCGCCAGUCUAGGCUCCAUGUACUCAAGACACCCUUACGAGUCCUGGCCCUUUAAUGUUGGAGGCGGCGGUGGUAGUGGUGCAUUGAAAGCAGCUGAAAUGGGUGGUGUUAGCGCUGUAGGUAGUACUUGGUGGGAUGUCCACAGUGGGUGGUUAGACGUUGGAGGACAAAUGGCCAACUACGCUGGGCAAGAUUAUUCUCAAUUGACGCACUCUCUUUCUGGUGGAGCUCAUUUACUUCCUCCGGCGCCACACCUCCUACAAGACGCAUAUAAAUCUGUGUUGCCUACACAAGGGUCUUUCGGUCUUCAUGCACCAGGAUCCCCCGCACCACCAGCUCAGGCUCCGUCACCACGAUCUCAGCGACGGUACGCCGGCCGAGCUACAUGUGACUGUCCUAAUUGUCAAGAGGCCGAAAGACUCGGACCGGCUGGAGCUCAUCUUCGUAAGAAAAAUAUACAUAGUUGUCAUAUACCUGGAUGUGGGAAAGUAUACGGAAAAACAUCCCACCUUAAGGCUCAUCUACGCUGGCACACUGGCGAGCGGCCUUUCGUGUGCAACUGGCUGUUCUGUGGAAAACGUUUCACACGCUCCGAUGAACUGCAGAGGCAUUUGAGAACGCACACAGGAGAAAAGAGAUUUGCAUGUCCGGUGUGCAACAAACGUUUCAUGAGGUCGGAUCAUCUCGCUAAGCAUGUGAAGACUCAUAAUGGAGGAAAGAAGGGCAGUUCGGAAUCUUGUUCGGAUUCUGAAGAGAACAGCCAAGGAGAGAGUCAUGCUGGUGGAAGGUCGCCAGAGCAUCACUUGGAUGUGAAACCUGGUGCACUCGUGUGA